AUGGACGAGCAGACAAGGCUGCGCAUGAAUGGUCACAAGCGCCCCAAUGACACAGCCCUCCAUGAGUUCAGACCUCGUCAAUCACAGAGCCCUGCGCAGCUUUCAGUUUCUCGUGCAGAAGCAUCAGGCUCAUCGCGCAUGCUCAAUGGCACUGUCAGCGGCCACGUAUACCACGGCAACGUCACGAACUACUACAGUUCACACGGCACGCCGGGCGACACAGACCCGAACGAUCCGAACACCUAUCACAACUUUGCCAACGUACUAUCUGACUCGGAGAAGGAAGAGUUGCUCAAAAGACUCUACUUUCCCCAAUUGGAUGCCCGCCUGACGAACUUGAGAAGGCCUGGAAGACGAACCUGCGAGUGGCUGUUGGGACGCGAAGACUACCAGGAAUGGAUGGACAUGGAUUCGGACCAUCUUCAAGCCCAGGAUGGCUUAUUCUGGAUUCGUGGCAACCCAGGCACAGGAAAGUCGAUUACUAUGAAGUUCUUGUUCCAGGAGAUGCAACGCAGGCUACAGAGCAGUCACACUGAACUUGUUCUCUCAUUCUUCUUCAAUGCUCGUGGAAGUGACCUUGAAAAGUCAACCUUAGGCCUCUAUCGCUCACUACUCUUUAGCUUGCUAUCAUCAGAUCCGAGUCUUCUGGAGGCCCUCAACCACUGCUCAAGGGGCCAAUACCUCAGCAUCUUGUCUGGAGGUUGGGAGCGAAAGCACGAGCGGUUGUUACAAGAACUGUUUGAGUAUGCUGUCGAUCUUCUUGCGUGCCGCAAGAAGAGGCUAUACUGUUAUGUGGAUGCCCUGGACGAGUGCCCGGAAAGUGAAAUCCGGGAUAUGGUGGGAUAUUUCGAGGAUCUUAUGGCCGAAAAGUCCCACAACAUUCGUGUCUGCUUUUCAAGCAGGCAUUACCCUCGGAUCAGUAUCAAAACCAAGUCCGUAUACCCGCUUUACUUGCAGCGCACAAUCACCCUUGAGCAUGAAGCAAACCACAACGACGACAUAAAGACCUUUAUCGGGUCAGACCUCCGGUUUGAUGAACACACCGAUCAGACUGAAGUGGACGAGUUACGAGAUGCGAUAUUCCAAAGGUCUGCUGGCAUCUUUUUAUGGGUCAGCCUUGUCGUCCGUCAGCUGAAUAACGUCUUCGACCAUGACGGUCGUAUGGAUGCAAUAUGGGAACGCCUGGAAGAAAUUCCAAGAGCCGCGAAGGAGAUCCCAUUAUCACAUGGGUAUCUACCACUAUAUGGACUGUUCCAAGACGUUAUUAUGAAAGACACGAGGAAUAUCCCUGACCUGGUUCGACUCACACAGCUCAUAUUUUCCGCAAAAAGUCCACUCCGCCCACAAGAGGUAUUUGUUGCCCUUCAUAGGUCUUAUCAUAAGCCGUUUGAUGCCGAGAAGGUCGGAACCAACGUAUUGUCGAAGCAUAUACUGGCAGUCUCCAAGGGACUUGCUGAGGUGACCAGCGCCGAGGAGCCCACAGUCCAAUUUAUUCACGACACAGUUCGGGAGUUCCUCCGUGAUAGGGGUCUGUCAAUCAUUUCCAAACAAUCCAUACUUGGUGAUGGGAAUGAAGUACUGAAGAUCAGCUGCCUCAACCAGAUCAACGCACUAGAUUCGGUGGCAGAACACUUUGAAGUUCUUGCAGAUUAUCGCACGCGGACAAUAUCUCGAAACCGGAACGAACAGGACCAGGGUGUUAACCCUAUUCAGGCUGAGAGAUUCCAGGAGGAAGCUAGUCAGAUAUUCCCAUUCUUGGAGUACGCAACGCAAUCCGUCCUUUCUCACGCAAAUGCCGCCGCCGCGCAAGGAAUCCCACAAAGGUACUUUCUGGACUCAUUCCCCCGUCAUCUUUGGGUGCCCUUGCACAAUUUGUUCGAGAAGGUCAACACGAGACGCAUUUCUGGAUCAGAUACCCCUAUAUCAUACAUACUGGCGAGCCACGGACUCAACAAUUUAGUUCGACUUUUGACGGAUCAACAGAACUAUUCUUGA